UUUUUCAUUUACAUUUUUUUGAGAUACUCUUCAUAAUAACAUCUUUAUUUCUUUUUAGCUCCCUCCGAUUUCCAGUAUUCUAAUUGUGACAAAACCAGAUCCAAAGUUGACAAAGAUGACCAGAGUACUCACAAGGUGGUUAUUGGAGAGAUUCCCAGAGGUUACCAUCUUUGUAGACAAGAAACUUCAGGAGCGACCUUCGUUUAAAUAUCAUGAAUUUCUAGAACAUCAUCCAACUUGGAAGGACCGACUUCAAUUCUGGACCUUUGAAUGUCACAAGAAAUCAUCCAAACAAAUUCACCUUGCUGUCACAUUAGGAGGCGAUGGCACUGUCCUCUACACUGCCUGGAUGUUCCAGAGUCGUGUUCCGCCUAUUGUAUCUUUUCAUCUCGGAAGUCUAGGUUUCUUGACCAAUUUUAACUUUGAACAUUAUCAACAAACCAUGACCAAUAUUCUUCGUGGCGAAGGGAUGAACCUCAAUAUCCGCAUGAGACUACAGUGCUCUGUUUAUAAAUACAAGGAUAUCACUCAACACUUAAAAGUCAGCAACAUCAAGAAUAGAAGGGACAGCAGUGUCGACAACACGAGUAGUAGUAGUAGUAAUAGUAGCACAAGUAGCAAUAAUGGUAGCAAUAACGCCAGUACAGGUCUCGUCACCAAUCUUCAACUCAACUCUAAUGAAAACAUCGCUUCUACGGCAAGCCUCGCUAGUAACGACAACGUUGUUGUGCUUGAUAAUGAUGGUGGUGAUAUUGAGAUUGGCAAUGACAGCGACAGUGACAGUGAGAGUGACAGUGACGGCGAUAGCGAAAGAAACAAUCAUCGUCUAAAGGAGUUGGCAGAACAAUACAGGAAAGCCGAGAUUAUGCGCAAAGUUAAGGCGAUGGAUUCGAAAAGUGGAGCAGAGGUAGCAGAUCUUGAGUCCUGUCAUGAAAACGGACAUGCCCUCAUCACUCGAAUCCCAAAACCCAAUAUUGAAGAGUUCAUGACUCCCUCCGACUCUUAUCACGUAUUGAACGAAGUGACCAUGGAUCGUGGAUCUAAUGCAGGAAUGUUGCAGCUGGAGCUAUUUGUGGAUGGAAACCCGGUGACGACCAUCUUGGCAGAUGGACUUGUCAUCGCUACCGCUACAGGCUCGACAGCAUAUUCGCUCUCGAUUGGAGGUUCAUUGAUCCAUCCGGAUAAAAACUCAGUUAUUAUAUCGCCUAUUGCGCCUCACUCCUUGACUGCACGGCCUAUGAUUAUCCCUGGAACCAAACACCUGCGUAUCUGUGUGCCUGCCACUAGUCGAACGACGGCUUGGUUAUCGUUUGAUGGUCGACAUCGUCAGGAAUUGGGGCGUGGGGACUCAGUUAUGAUCACAGCAUCAAAAUAUCCAGUCAUGACGAUUUGCCGACGGGACCAGAGCACGGAUUGGUUCACAGGAUUGACACAAGUCCUGAACUGGAACAGUCGUGUUAUUCAGAAGCCAUUGGGAUCCCAUUUGUAAAUAAAAAUGAAAAGAAAUAUAUUUAAUAGCUAGG